AUGAUUUGGCAUAGUACCAGACGUUCAGAAGAUGGUGUGAUGAUUCAUCCUGUUGAUGGGGAACAUUGGCAAGAUUUUGAUAAAAAAUACCCCGACUUCUCGAGUGAACCCCGUAACGUACGCCUAGGUCUUUCAGCUGACGGUUUCAAUCCAUUUGGAAACAUGUGUGAUCCACAUAGCACAUGGCCGGUCAUACUCACCACAUACAAUCUGCCACCCUGGCUUUGUAUGAAAGAGUCAUCAUUCAUGUUGACUUUGUUGAUUCCAGGACCGAAAGCUCCAGGUAAGGAUAUGGAUGUUUUCCUUAGACCGUUGGCGGAAGAGCUUAAACAUUUGUGGAACUCAGGCGUACGUAUUAAAGAUGCGGCUACAAACACAUUCUUCACGAUGAGAGCUAUGUUGUUGUGGACAAUAAACGAUUGGCCAGCUCGUAGUAGUUUAUCAGGUUGGAGUUGGCAAGGGUAUAGAGCAUGUGCUACUUGCAAUGAAGACACUCCUUCGUACCAUGCAACAAACGAAGUCGUAUAUAUCGGUCAUCUUCGUUUCCUAGAUGCUAAUGAUCCGUUAAGAAAGAGGUUGGACUUUAACGGGAUGGAAGAGACAAGACCCGCUCUGAGAAACUUUAGUAAUGAUGACAUACAAGAGCAACUAGGUCGUCUACUAACUCGUAAACCGGGUAAACAUCCUGAGCAUGGAGGCGGGGAGCCAAAGCGGCAAGAUUAUGAGUUGAACUGGUCGAAACGAAGCAUUUUCUUCGAACUCAAGUAUUGGUCUUCUCUACAGUUGAAACACAACAUAGAUGUCAUGCAUGUCCAGAAAAAUGUGGACGGGAGUUUGGUAGGUACUCUCCUAAUGAACGAUAAAAGCAAAGACACAUCAAAUGGACGAGAGGACUUGAGAAUUCUAAACAUUUGGAGAAAUGAAUGGUUGCAAAAAAAUGGUGACAAGUUUCAUAGACCCCAUGCAAGAUACUCUUUCACGAAAUCUAGUCGACAACUCUUUUGUCAAUUUAUAAAAGAGGUUAAACUGCCGGAUGGGUUUGGUUCUAACAUUAGUAAGAAAGUGAACGAUACCAAUACUAACAUUAUUGGGUUGAAAUCGCAUGACCACCACAUUCUUAUGCAACGUUUGAUACCGAUUGGAGUAAGAGGGUUGUUAGACAAAGAUACUUAUACACCUAUUGUAGACCUUUGUACGUUUUUCAAGCAACUUUGUUCCAGAACAUUGAAGGUGGAGGAUAUGAGGAAAGCAAAAGUAGACAUUAUUGCAAUCUUGUGCAAGUUAGAAUUGAUUUAUCCUCCGGCGUUUUUUGACAUUAUGGUUCAUUUACUUUUGCAUUUACUUGAUGAAGCAAUUGCUGGAGGCCCGGUUUGUAUGAUAUGGAUGUUUCCAUUCGAGAGAUAUAUGAAAAAACUAAAAAACUAUGUCAGAAACAAGGCGAAGCCAGAAGGUUCUAUAGCUGAGGGUUAUGUUGCUGAAGAAGCUUUAUCAUUUUGUUCAAUAUACCUUCGAGAUGUAAAGAAUCGUCCGGAAAGAAAUGUAGAUGUUUUCAUUGAAAAAACAAAGUUUUGGAUGUUUGACUCUAAAUGUCGACCGACCAGCACAACUCAAAUCAAAACUCUUACUUUAACGGAAAUGCAUAACAUGGAAUGGUUUGUAUUGAAUAGCUGUGAAGAAGUCAGACAGUAUAUCAAGAAAUUCAAAUCUGAGCAUCCCCAAAGUGAUGAAAAGAGAGAAUUUCAAAAAUCUCCAGAAUUCCACAAAGAGUUGUCGGUUCUUACAAUGGGCCCGCAAAUGAAUGCCUAUUCUUACACCGCAUGCAUAGUCAAUGGUGUUAGGUUUAUGGUACUUAGUCGUGACACACAACGUACGACACAAAACUCUAGGGUUUUAGCGGUGGUUGAGAAAGGCGAGAAAUAUUAUGGCCAGUUAGAAGAGAUUAUAGAGUUGAGGUAUACACAUGAUUAUUCAACUGUACUAUUUCGUUGCAAGUGGUUUGAUACUCGAACAGGAGUUAUUUCUAGUGAUAGUUUCACCAGUAUCGACACACGACGCGAAGCAUACAAAGAUGAUCAACUCAUAUAUGCGUCACAAGCCAAACAAGUGUUCUACAACAGAGAGCCAAACAAUAACCAUCGGUGUGUUGUCGAGCAUGUUAAUCAUCGAAGUAUUUGGGAUCUACCAUCGAACGAUGACCUUGUUCAAAAUGUUGACAAUGUCUCACACGAAAAUGUAGACGAUGUCGAUGUACUUCAAAAUAUCUCUUCAUCCGAUGCUCCACUUUUUAUCGAUUUCAGCAUGUACUUUCAAAACAUUCCUAGAGUCAUUGUUGAUGUAGAAAGUGCAUCUGAAGUUCCUCCGCCAACUGGUAGAGUCAAUGAUGUUUCUGAUUGCGAGACUGAUUACGAUGACACUGAUUCAGACUAUGAUACCGAAGAAGACACUGAAGGAUAUGAGGAAGAUUCUGAUUAG